AUGGUGCAGAAUGCCGACAAGGUGCGGUGCGCCUUGUUCACGGUCGAAUAUAAAGCAGGACACAAGUUGAUGCCAGAGGCACUGAUGGCAACGCUGGACGGACGACUGUCCGAUCAGGUCCUUUUUGCCGAUGCGGCUGAGGCAGCACGUCUUACAGAAGAGAAACGCCAGCGAAGCAGGCUUGGGGAUGCUGCUUCUGCAGAGGAAGAGGGCGCAGAAAGUACAGUGGAUAUUACCACGGAACAAGAAAACAACGAAACAUCGCCAUCACCAUCCCUGAAAACAGCUCGGAAUCGAACAGCGCAGAUCUUGACGCAGGCAUUCCAUUACAUGAAGGAGAUCCACCUGCCCGAGCUGCAAGAGGAGGACGUUGUAGAUCAUGGGUCGAUACAACACAGCGCUGCCACGGCAAGGCAGACGCCUGUAGCACUUGUCCUGACGCUUAUCCUCUUGGCGCUACAAAAAACGGCACCGCAGAGGCACCAGGCCCGAGCCAAGCAGCAAGUACUAAUCCCGCCCAGCAAGGGGCCAGACAAGGGGGUGGACAAAGCGGUAGCAGCAUCGAAGCUCACACCGCGCGCCUACCACAACAAUCAUACUGCACGCAAAAGUGCCUGCCUGCUGUCGGCGGUCAAGGAGCAGCUAACCAGAAACCUCGACGACGGCUGCGCGGCCCUCGACGGACACGGCAAGUUUGGGGCCAUCGGGGCGCUCUUCAGGGUGACAGCAUAUCCGCAGGGAUACACGUUUGUGGCCAAAGGCGUCCAGGACGACGACCGUGAAAGCCUGGACCUGGAGAAUCGAGUAUACCAACAACUGGCAGUGUUGCAGGGCAGUGUUGUGCCGGUAUGCCUCGGCCUGGUGGACCUGCGACGGGCAUACGUGCUGACAGGCGGAGCACGAGUGUUGCGGCUGAUGCUGCUGUCGUACGCGGGCGAGAGGGCGCAACCAGAGCAAGUAAGCGAAGAGGUAGAAAGGGAACUGGAAGGGACGCUGCGGACACACGGUGUUGAGCACGGCGACCUGCGGCUGGCCAACGUUCUCUGGAGCGAGGAGCUAUGCAGGCUGAUGGUGGUGGACUUUGACCGGGCGACGUUGCACACAAAGCGGAAAAGGGGCGUGGAAAAGGAGCUACAACAGGACAAAAAGUCGAACACUGCUUGGGCCAAGGUCGGGUGA